AUGGCUCUCCCGGACGUUGAACAACCUCCGUAUCCCCUGCAUGAGUCCGUGAAGCAUCUACUGGAUCCAGAAUAUGUCGACUUUUACAAUACACAUCUCAUCGACAAGCAACAGGUCCACUUGCAGCCUGUCGCUGCAUCGCGUACCAGCGGUGUGCUGAUACCCGGUGCAGGUCCAAUGCUGCAAGUGGGCAAGACGCACGAUCUGAUGAUCCCACGCCAGGCGACCCAAGGCCCUUCCGUGCCCAUUCGAGUGUUCACCCCCGAGGGCCCGACACCGGCUCAUGGGUGGCCGGUGAUGCUUUACUUUCACGGUGGCGGGUGGGUACUGGGCAACAUCAACACCGAAAACGUGGUCUGCUCGAAUUUGUGCGUGCGAGGCAAUUGCGUGGUGGUCACGGUGGAUUACCGUCUGGCCCCCGAGAAUCCGUUCCCCGCCGCUGUCCAUGAUUGCUGGGAGGCACUUCUGUGGCUGGUCCACCAAGGACCCUCGGCCAUCUCGAUUGACCCCUCGCGCAUGGCCACGGGCGGUUCUUCCGCGGGUGGGAAUCUGGCGGCGGUCAUGACCCACAAAGCUCUCAGUCUCUCACCUCCAGUUCGUUUCCAAGUUCAACUUCUCUCGGUCCCGGUGACCGAUAAUACGGCGACGGUGGCCAAUAACGAGGCCUAUCGUCGAUACGAACGUACCCCUGCGCUCCCCGCGGCCAAGAUGAUCUGGUAUCGCGAUCAUUAUCUUCCCCGAGAGAGUGACCGCACCGACCCCGAGGCGAGCCCAUUGUUCUACAAGGGUGACUGGUCCCAGCUUCCACCGGCCCUCGUGAUGGUCGGUGAAUUGGAUGUGCUACGUACAGAGGGUGAGCAGUACGCGGAAAAGCUGCAGAGAUCCGGGGUCGAGGUGAAUCUUCAAGUGAUGAAGGGCAUGCCGCAUCCAUUCUUGGCAAUGGACGGGGUGCUUUCCGAAGGGAAGCGAUGCAUUACUUUGAUGUGCGAUGCGCUGCAAGAGGCCUUUUGGCAGUAG